AUGUCUGCUCCCAGCGACCCGCCAGCGGCGGCUCCCAUCGCCAUUGUCGGGCCGCAGUUUUGCGCCCCCUAACCCGUAGAUCUCAUCGUAACGAAGAAGCUCCUCAGCCUCACCGAUGGCGACUUCACCGUGAAGGAUGUGGAGGGGAACGAUGUGUUCCGGGUGAAGGGCGUGAUUUUCAGCAUGCGGGGCAAGCGAGUGCUGGAGGACGCCGUCGGCAACCCCCUAAUCACCAUGCAGCAAAAGGUGAGGUUUUUGCACAGUCUCGUUUAUUUUCCAUCGAUUCGUUCCCCAAUCAAGUCAGAUUGAGAUUAGGUUUUCGAGCCCCAGCCGCUGGGGAGGACGGAAGUAUUUAUCGACCCGUUGUCUCCAGUUGUGGUCGGCCCACAGCUGGUGGAAUGUCUUCAGGGGAGACAGCAUCGAUGACAGUGAUCUCUUGUUCACCGCGAAGAGGUCCUCCCUGUUCCAGCUGAAGACCAAGUUGGACGUCUUCCUGGCGGCCAACACGAAGGACGACGUCUGCGAUUUCAGGGUGAAGGGGAGCUACCUUGAGAGUUCCUGCAUCAUUUACCAGGGGGAUUCCUCUGUCAUCGUCGCCCAGGUAAACUACCUUUCCCCCCGCAACUCUCUCUCUAUCGCUCUCCGCCGUAGGACACCAAUUUGGGUAAAAUCUAAUGGGAGGGGGUCCGGCGAAACUCCCUGCAGAUGAAGAAGUACACGGUGAAGAGCAUGAUUCUGGGAAAGGACAGCUUCGGGGUGACCAUCUAUCCGAACGUUGACCACGCCUUCAUCGUCGCCCUCAUCGUUAUCCUCGACGAAAUCAACAAGGAGUCAGGCGGAGGAAGCUCGAUUGAUACUUUCGUAGCAUGUGUACACAAUGUUAAAUCCCUUGACAACGUGUGUAAAAGUUGA